AUGGACCUAGUAAGAUUAGGCCAUGACGAAGAUAUACCCCCACAGUAUUACAAGAUAUCCACUGGGGCACAGGCAAAGACUGGUGAUAUCGCCUUCUGUCUUUUGAAAGCCGACAUCCAAUCUUUUAAAGGGCCGGUUGAUGCCCAGGCGAUGCAUACGUUGAAAAAGAGUAUAGUCGCCGUAAAACGCAUACGAGGCCGCAACAACGGCAAGAUUGACGAGAUCCUGGCAUUCUUACGUAUCAAGAAGUAUCUCUCUGCACAAGAAGAUAGCAUGAUGACUCAAAGCGUUCGACACAACAUUGUAAACUUGAUGGGCCUAGACAGGAAGUGGAAAGAAGCCAAAGACAUCCGAAACUGGACUUGGCUCGCCAUGGAAGCCAUCAUUCCUGGCAUCACCAUAGAGGAUCUAUUCCAAGGACAGCACAAACUCGGCACAACAGUCAGAAAAUACAUACCUCACACAUUUGCGCUGGAAUUCUUCCUACAAAUCGGCCAGGCGCUCGUAUUCCUUCACGAAAAAAUGAACUAUGCACACAGAGACAUCGGACGCGAGAAUAUACUCAUCAGCAUCGCACACCCAGCACAAUGUGAGGCUGAGAAUACGGAGCUUUGCACGCAACAUCUUCCGAUUGUCAGAUACGUCCUGGUUGACCUCGAAGCCUGCGGCAGAACCGAAGAUUCAUUUCGAAAUAUCUGCAAUAAGCAAGAUGACGUCUUCACAUUUUGUUACUUGGUCAGGCAGUUAGCUGAUCAUGGGGCUGUAGAGGGAAGUGAUGAGUGGAUUGCAUUCCUAAAGUCUAUGAGGAAAUUCCCGCAACACAAAAAUAUUAUCGAGUUAAUGGUGCUAUGGGUGGAAAGGGUGAGGGCUAUGCGAGACGAACAGGCGGAGGUCGAGAAGGAGGACGUGGCAAAGGUGUUGGAUUUUGUAAAGGAGAAAGGUGGGGAGAAGGAGGUAUAUGAGAAGAUGGAUGUGGUUUUGAGAGAGAGGCGUAUGCCACGCCGAAUCGAUGCUGUGCCAUGGUAUUUGCAUCGGCAUGGGGUAAGCAUCUGGCUCGGGAAGGAGCUAGCCCCGGGAGCCACUGACUAUAACUACCGAGAAACCAAGACUUUGCUCAAGCUGAUACACAUGAUCUUUCGGAUCAUCGACAACAUCAACAAAACAGGUUCGACCAUUGCGCAACCUGAGCAUGAGUUGUAUGCUCGCACAAUCAACCUGAAGUCUACCUACACACGCGAACGCCUACUCCGAGCGAAGCGAGCUGCUGCAUAA